AUGGUCGACGCUGCUUCUGGACCGGCGACCGCUGAGAACCCUCGCAAGCGCUUCGGCGCAGGCAACGGGAAUGGGAACGGGGCCGGUGGCAGUGCCGGCGCCAGUAGCGGCAACGUCUCGACCUCUGCCUCUUCGGUGGCAGGCCCCUCGACGCCGCGGCUAGCCAAUGCGGUGCCGCAGUCAAUCCUCGAGGAUGUCUCGCUCAACGCCGCCAUCGCCGCCAUCCUUCCGGCCAACUACAGCUUCGAGAUCCACAAGACGAUCCACCAUAUCCGCAAGAACGGCUCGACCUGUGUGGCGCUCCAGAUGCCCGAGGGCUUGACGCUGUGGGCGACGGGUAUCGCCGACAUCAUCGAGAGGUUCACCGACGCCACCACCGUCAUCAUGGGCGAUGUGACCUACGGCGCCUGCUGCGUCGACGACUACACGGCCAUGGCGCUCGGCUGCGACAUGCUCGUCCACUACGGCCACAGCUGCCUCAUCCCCGUCGACCAGACAAAGAUCAAGACGCUCUACGUCUUUGUCGAGAUCUCGAUUGACCCGGCGCACCUGGCCGCCACCGUCAGGGCCAACUUUCCGGACCAGAAGGCUCUGUUCAGGCAGAGGAUCCUCGGCGGCAGUCAGGAGGGCGACGAGGACGGCGGCGCCAAGCCUCAGAUCCAGGUCGGCCUGGAGGACGAGGAUGGCAACGCGAGUGCCGGUAGCCUUACGCCCGGCACGGCGCCCACGCAUCUCGUACUCGUCGGCACGGUCCAAUUCAUCAACGCCAUCCACGGUCUACGGGAGGCUCUCGAAGCCGAGCAGCACCGACACGCGGACGGGUCCGUCAGCUCGGGACCCCUUCCAGAUCGACUACGAAUCACCGCCGGGCCCGACGGCUCCUCCUCUGCUCCAUCUGCUGAUUCGCCCGCCGCCGAAUCUAGCCCACUUGGCUGGCACUCGGGCAGCUACCGCAUCACGGUGCCGCAGGUAAAGCCGCUCAGUCCGGGCGAGAUCCUGGGCUGCACGUCGCCCAAGCUGAGCGACACCGACGUCGAUGCCAUCAUCUACAUCGGCGACGGCCGCUUCCACCUCGAGUCGAUCAUGAUUGGCAACCCGCGCAUCCCGGCGUUCCGGUACGACCCGUACACGAAGCGUUUCGUGCGCGAGCUCUACGACCACGCCGAGAUGCGCAAGAUGCGCGCCGAGGCCGUCCGCACUGCCCAGGCCAGCGUCGGAGACAUGGAACUGCGUCCCGAGGAGACUGUUUCUCCGCCGCCGCCGCCGCCAUCGCAGGGGACCGAGCAUUUGAUCACGCGGCCACAACCGGUCGACGAGCCUCAGCGUGACGACAAGGCGGUCGCCCCCACCAAGGCGACGGGAUGGGGCGUGGUUCUGGGUACGCUGGGGCGUCAGGGCUCGCUGCGGGUGCUCGACUCGCUCACCUCGUCGCUGUCGGCGCACAGCCCGCCCAUUCCAUUCGUGCCCAUCCUGCUUUCGGAGCUAUCUCCGCAGAAGCUCUCGCUGUUCGGCGGCCACCUCUCGGUCUACAUCCAGUCGUCGUGUCCGCGUCUCUCGAUAGACUGGGGAUCGGCGUUCCCCAAGCCCCUCCUCUCGCCCUACGAGGCGGCCGUCAGCGUCGGCCGCGUCAAGGGGUGGCAGGAGGACGUCGACGGACUCGGACUCAGUCGCCAGCCGGCGCGCGACGGCUCGUUGAAGCUGCAGCCGCAGCAGAAGGACAUGCUCCUCAACGGCGACUACCCCAUGGACUUCUACGCCGACGACUCGUUGGGCAGCUGGACGCCGCGCCAUGGCAUGGGCGUCAAGAAGGUCGGCAAAGGUGGCAACAGGGAGCUGUUAAAGAGGCUCAGGAAUCGCGGCAAGGCCGAGGUCCCCCAGGCGGCUUAG